GGAUAUAAAAUGCGGACUGUUUACGCGAUUAACAUGAUUAAUUUCACGAAAAUUUGGAUUUAUUGCGAGGAAUGAAAUUCGGUUGGCUGCUCUGGAGGCAUGCGCUGUCAUUUGUUUAAUCAAACGUCAAAUUUUUGUAAAUAAUGAAAUAAUUGCACUUGCGGUACACGUUGCGGCUAAAAAAUGGUACUGACGAAGGAAUACAGGGUUUGCAUGCCCAUUACUGUGGAGGAGUAUCGAGUGGGGCAACUUUACAUGAUCGCAAGACACAGUUUGGAGCAAUCGGGGGAUGGUGAGGGUGUGGAAGUCGUGGAAAAUAAAACAUGUGUAGAUCCAGAGCAUGGGAACGGACAAUUUACUGAAAAACGUAUCCACUUAUCAAGCCGUCUACCAUACUGGAUUCAAGCUAUUAUUCCAAAGAUAUUUUACGUGACUGAGAAAGCAUGGAAUUAUUAUCCAUACACAAUCACUGAAUAUACUUGUUCAUUCAUUCCGCGUUUUCACAUAGAAAUUAAAACAAAGUAUGAAAACAAUAAUGGUUGUACAGAAAACUGUUUAAGUUUAACCCCAGAACAACUUGCUGAACGCAUUGUUGACCAUAUCGAUAUUGCAUAUGAUGACUUGAGUCCUAAGCAUUACAAGGAAGAGGAAGAUCCUCGCUUUUUCCAGUCUAAAAAGACAAAAAGAGGACCAUUAAUUGAGGGCUGGCGGGCUAAUUACACUCCAAUUAUGUGUUCUUAUAAACUAGUAAAUGCCUCAUUUGAAGUGUUUGGUUUCCAAACCAAAGUUGAAGACUUUAUUCACUCAUGUAUCAGAGAAGUUUUAUUGCUGGGUCAUAGACAGGCCUUCACCUGGAUUGAUGAAUGGCAUGAAAUGACCUUAGAAGACGUGCGCCGCUAUGAAGCUAAACUACAAAAACAAACAAAUUCGCUUUUGACAAACCCUGAUGAUGGUGGAGGUGAUGGCGACAAUAAAUCACAAAAAUCAGGAAGUGUAACCCCAACUUCGCCCAAAUCUCCAAAAUCGCCGGAGAAAAAAGGGUAUUUCUCGUGGUUCUAGCAGGAGGUUACACUUGAAGAUUGUUGUGUUUUUAUUCUCUUUUUGUUACUUCACAUUUAGUUGCGUUCUGUUGAGCUAGUCAAAAGUCUUGUACUUAAAAUGGGUUGUGUAGUCUUUAUUUGUUGUACAGCUUUUUUUGCGUAUUUAAGCCUGAUGCCUAGAAAAUUGAUGGAUAUUAAGCGCCUUAGUUUAUUAAUCAGGGAACCGUUUUAUUAAAUGCACUUGUUUAUAGAUGGAGCACACACAGUUGGAUAAAGUCUUGCUAGUGAUUUGUAUUCUUUUUUGUAUCACUUCAUGUAUUAUUUAUACCAGUGUUUGGAGAUUAAUUCUCCAAGUUCCUCGUGUUAUCGUGAUUUUAAAUGAUAAUAAAUAUUUAGCAAUGUGAAA